GGCAGAGAACUCACGAAUCGCAGGGGGACUCACAAAAUCCGUCUCGGGAGUUGAAGCCAGCAUAGACGCCGAAGGCAAGCCGAUCACGUGGUCGGUAUCUAGUGACGCUCCUGUGCAUGCAGUCGUUCGAAAUCCAGAGUGGCGAUUGAGUCGGAUUGUCCCUUCCUAUACUCGCCUCCUCUGUAUUGCGCCGAAGAUGUCUGGUGCUGGUCCUCGCGAGAAUAUUUUCCCCACCCGGAUGGCUUUGACGAAUACGAAGCUGCGCCUCAAGGGCGCACAGACAGGCCAUUCGUUGCUUGCGAAGAAGCGCGAUGCCCUUACGACAAGGUUUCGGGCGAUUUUGCGUAGGGUCGAUGAGGCGAAGCGGAAGAUGGGCCGGGUCAUGCAGUUGGCGUCCUUCUCACUAGCAGAGGUCACAUAUGCCACAGGAGACAUCGCGUAUCUGGUGCAGGAACAGGCAAAGACCGCAACCUUCCGAGUGAAGGCGAAGCAGGAGAACGUCUCUGGGGUCGUCCUUCCGACGUUCGAAGUGGAUCGUGUCCCGGGAACAGAUUUCAACCUGACCGGUCUCGGACGCGGCGGACAGCAGGUCAUCCGAGCGAAGGAGGUCUACGCUAAGGCCGUUGAGACACUAGUGGAACUCGCAUCCCUUCAAACAGCAUUCAUGAUUCUGGACGAGGUCAUCCGUGCGACAAAUCGCCGUGUCAACGCAAUCGAACACGUCGUCAUUCCUCGAUUGGAGAAUACCAUCAAGUACAUUUUGAGCGAGCUCGAUGAGAUGGAUCGUGAAGAGUUCUUCAGGCUGAAGAAAGUACAAGGCAAGAAGAAGCGAGACGCAGAGACAGCGGAAACACAGCGGAGACUGCUUGAGGAGACACAAGAGUCAGUAGACAUCACACCUGAGCUUGGCGGAGGAGGUGGAGACUUGCUUAGCAGCAAAGACGAGGAUGUCAUCUUCUGAUCCAACCCGUUGACCUUAUGUAUACCAGCUUCUCUCUCCAUAUCUGCCUUUUUACACAUUCGUCUCGCAUACUUUCCAUGCCACGACGACAGUGAGAACGGUGGCAUGGUAGAUGGCCUGAAGGCCCAUAUGGCAUAUGAUGUGCGUAAUGGCGCAUACAUACAUGGUGUAUUUUGAGAUGCAAUGCGACAGCCGAAAAGAGAAGAACACAAACGAACACGCAAUCACUACGGUUGUUUCAAGAGUCAGAAAACACAAUCACUUUCAUGAGGGACUGACUCACGUCAACCAUCUCCACAUCCUCACCCGACUUGCCGUUCUUCUUGCGGUCUUUCCUGUCGAGAAUUGCCCGCCUGUCCUUGUCCAGCUUGAUCG